AUGAGCUGGGCGUGGAGAGCUGGAAGAGUCUGGGCGCGACAAUGCCUCCCGCCAGCAAGAUCCGUCCCCUUCAAGCAACACCCCGUCUGUCGCCGCGCAUUUGCAUCGACAGCAAAACCAACGCCGGCAGAGCUUGAAGCACGAAUUGCGGCGAUUCCCAUUGAGCGGUAUCGAAACUUUUGUAUUGUUGCACACAUUGACCAUGGGAAGAGCACGCUGAGUGAUCGAUUGUUGGAGCAUACGGGCACAAUCUCGGCAAGCGAUGCAAAUAAGCAGAUUUUGGACAAACUAGACGUCGAACGCGAGCGCGGAAUCACGGUCAAGGCGCAAACGUGCACAAUGCUUUACGAACAUCGGGGGGAAGACUAUUUGCUUCAUUUGGUCGAUACGCCCGGUCACGUUGAUUUCCGCGCCGAAGUGACCCGGUCGUAUGCUAGUUGUGGCGGGGCGCUGCUCCUGAUUGAUGCAAGCCAGGGUGUUCAAGCGCAGACGGUGUCGAAUUUCCACCUUGCUUUUGCGCAGGACCUGGCUCUCGUUCCUGUGAUUAAUAAGAUCGACAUGCCUUCCGCAGACGUUCCUCGAGUCUUGAACCAGAUGGAAACCAGCUUCGAAUUGGAUCCCAAGGAUGCUGUACUUGUCAGUGCCAAGACGGGGGAGGGCGUUCCAGGAAUCCUGCCAGCUGUCAUUGAAAAGAUAUCCCAUCCUGUCGGGGACGAAAAUAAACCGCUCAAGUUUCUACUCGUGGAUUCGUGGUACGACAAUUUCCGAGGCGUAGUUCUCCUGGUACGAGUAUUUGACGGCACGGUACGAGCUGGGGAUCACGUAGUUUCCAUGGGCACUGGCAUGAAGUACACAGUUGGACAGGUCGGCAUACAGCACCCCGAAGCUACGCCACAAAAGGUCAUGCGAGCUGGUCAGGUUGGCUACGUGUAUUUUAACCCGGGCAUGAAGAGGAUACAGGACGCCAAGCUUGGCGACACCUUUACGACGGUGGGCUGCGAACAGGCUGUUGAACCCUGUCCGGGCUUCGAAGAGCCAAAGCCCAUGGUGUUUGUGGCGGCGUUUCCUACCGACCAAAGUGACUAUACGCGUUUGGCAGACAGCAUCAACCAGCUCGUGCUGAACGAUCGAAGUGUCACGUUACAAAAGGACUUCUCGGAGGCUCUGGGCUCUGGUUGGCGCCUAGGAUUUCUCGGCAGCUUACACUGUUCAGUGUUUCAGGAUCGUCUGAAGCAGGAGCACGGCCGAAGCAUCAUUAUUACCGAGCCCACUGUCCCAACCAAGGUCAUUUGGCCAGAUGGAUCGGAAGAGGUUAUUCAGAACCCAGCCUUGUUCCCAGACGCAACCGACCAUCGCAUUCGAAUGUCGCAAACACUCGAACCAUAUGUCAGGGCGACCAUGACGCUCCCGCAAGAAUAUCUCGGGCGAGUGAUUGAACUCUGUGAAGCGAAUCGCGGCGAACAGCAGAGCUUGGAAUUCUUCCACACAACCCAGGUCAUCUUGGUGUACGACAUACCAUCCGCGCAACUGGUGGAGGAUUUCUUUGGCAAGCUCAAAGGCGCUACCAAGGGAUAUGCCACGCUGGACUACGAAGACGCGGGCUGGCGCGAGAGCAAACUAGCCAAGAUCCAGCUGCUCGUCAACAAGCAGCCUGUCGACGCAAUCUGCCGUGUUGUGCACGGCUCACAGGCCGACCGCAUCGGCAGGCAAUGGGUCACCAAGUUCAAGCAGCACGUUGACAGGCAAAUGUUUGAGGUGGUCAUCCAAGCUGCGGUCGGCAACAAGAUCAUAGCCCGCGAGACCAUCAAGCCCUUCCGCAAGGACGUCCUCGCCAAACUGCACGCCAGUGACAUUACGCGGCGCAGAAAGUUGCUGGAGAAGCAAAAGGAGGGCAGGAAGAGGCUACGGGCCGUCGGCAACGUCGUCAUCGACCAGGAGGCCUUCCAGAGCUUCUUGUCCAAGUAA